GCUGCUGCGCCAGUGCCGAAACCGCAUCCUGCUCCUCUAACACUUCAAGACUUCAUUGACGAUGGAGAUGUGACAGAGAUCCCGACUAUUCAGAGCAACCGGAAAAGCAACACCCUUCCAAUAUGGGGUAAUCAGCAAACUAUGAAUCUUAACGGUCUGGUGUUAGAAAAUGUAAAGGAAAGCUACUAUUACAAGAACCACUUGGUUGAAAUCGAUACCGCACAACAAUUACUAGAUGAGGUCUUCUAUAAGGUCAAACAUCUCGAACCAUGGGAGAAAGGAACGCGCAAAGUGCAAGGAAUGACGGGAAUGUGUGGCGGGGUCCGAGGUGUCGGAGCUGGAGGUGUUGUUAGUUCUGCUUUUUGUCUGCUUUAUCGAUUUUUCAAGGUUCGCCUCACAAGAAAACAACUGAUUUCUAUGAUCAACAGUCGGGUUUCACCAUAUAUAAGAGGAUUAGGAUUCAUGUACAUUCGUUAUACUCAGCCACCAGCAGAUUUAUGGGAGUGGUUUGAGCCAUAUUUGGAUGAUGAAGAAGAGAUCGAUCCAAGAUCUGGUGGUGGGGAUGUGAUGACUUUCGGGCAAGUUGUUCGAAUUAUGCUUACCAAGCUAGACUGGUAUGGUACCCUGUUCCCAAGAAUUCCAGUUCCUAUACAGAAAGAAAUCGACGAAAAGUUCGCGGAACGGAAACGAGCUCUCUUGUUUGGCGAUGGACACCUCGAUCAUCGUGAACGGGAACGGGACGAAGAUCGGUGAGU